CAACUUCGAUCAGCUGUUGUUUAUUUUGGAUUUUGUUUAUUUUUAUUUCUAUUGAUUGAAAGAUUUAAGUAAUAUUGCAGUUUGAUAAAAAUGUUUUUUGUGAACAACGCUAGAUAAGCAGUCUCUCUAUGAAUUAAAAAUUACAACAAAUAUGAAUGUCGUGAGUCAUUCAGGGCUUCUUCAGGGCCUAGCCUUCGAAACCUUAAGAAAAUUCGAUGUUGACCUGGAAAUGAUUCAAAAAGACGUUAAAAUCCUGAAUUUUGAAAUGAUCGAUUACGAAGAGAAGCUGCAGGGAUCAAUUUUCGGAGAAAAGGAAUCUGUGUCUUAUCUGUUAAGUUUUGAAACCAACUACAUUCAAUUUCAUGUGAAACUAUUGACAUUCCAAUAUGAAUCUAGAAACGAACUGCUCAAACUAGAAAUUGACUGUAGAACACCCUCAAUAAGAAGGGAAAUUAAAUAUUGCUGCAACUCCUUGCAAAGGAGACGUAACUUAAAUCAAAUGUUUAUCACAUUAGUUCAGUUUUCCAGGUAUAUAGAGGGACGGAGACUGAUUUGUGAUCUUGUCUUGAAUAGCUCCACACAUGUUUCUGUUAGGGAUCAUGAUGAGGGUGGCAAAGUGAUUGUUUAUGCAGAGGCAACCCGAGAUAUCAAAGUAGGAGUUUUGUGGACUGUUGAGUGUAAUUCUGAAUUGGAGGUUGUUGAUAAGGUUGAGGUCUUCUUUAAAGUGUCAGAGCUGCCUAACAAGGACAACAUAAAAGAUGAACUCAUCCAACUUACUGAACCCCAUUUAAGUUUUAAUGAAAAAUACCACUUAUGGAAAAAUCUUUUAAAACUAUUAGACAGUCUUAAUAAUUCGUCUAAGUCAGAUCCAAAGACUACCACUGAUUUAGAUGAUAUCAAAGUUCUAAAAAAACCCAUUGUUUUGCCAAAAACAGUAAAAGUAGAAAAAAAUGAACCUUUAGAGGAACAAGAAGAUGACUGUAUAUCGGUGGUAUCUUCAUCGGUAGAGGAUAAUGAUCAAAAUGCUGUAGUAUUCAUCACAAACCCCAAUUUAAACUGUACUAAUGAUCAAUCGAUUAUCUUAAGUGACUGUGAAGACCCAGAUCCACCUGAGACCGAGUCAGUUAUAUGUUUAGAUAGUCCUGAUACCAAAAAACAAACCACUUCUGAACCGGAUUUGGUCAUUUGCGUUGAUGACAACGUCCCAAGGAAUCAAAAAACGACUUCUACCAGACCCAAGAAAAGAAAUCUUCCAACACAAACUUUACUGGCGCCUCAAGGACUCUUUACGUAUCCCCUACUGCCACUUCUAGGCCUUCCAAAGAGGCCAAGACUGAACCCUUGCGGAAAACUUUUCGAAGUGGUCAAUCAGUUUUUAGCUCCUUCAUCCCCAAUGCAAAUAACGUGCUAUCCGAACAAUUUGAGGAGGAACAAUAUUUACAAUGGUACCUCGAACGGUAGCUUAAGAUCACCCCCUGAGAUAAGUUUAACUCCUAGAAAUUCAACGAUUUUAUGCAAAGGAAACCACAUUAAAGCCAAAGAGGCUCCUGACGAUGAACUUGAGAUUACUGGGGUGACUUAUUUGGUGCCCGAAUAAAACAGGUAACUGGAACAAUAAGUAAAAAAAAGCUCUUGUAGUUGCCGGGUAAUGUGGGACAACCAAUGUUGCCAAGAUGCAGAUAUUUUUGUUUGGUUUAAAUUGACGUUUGUUAGCGAGAAAAUGACGUUCAUAUGGUUGCUACUCGGCAACAUUUGUGCUGGGCCUUCUAACAUUUCCUAUGGUAUAUUCACUUUUAAGACAUUUUUAUCGUAAACAUAAAUUGGUUCAAUGCUGGUAAAAUAGGAAAUUGAAAUUAUACAAUUUCAUUUAUGAUUCUAUUAUUAUUAUAUUGAAAAUGUUUUUUUUAUAAAUUUUAAAUUACAAAUUUAUAUUUUGGACUGUUGGUCCUAACAUAACUCUGUUGAUAAUUUGUUGUGUGUCAAAGUUAAGGAAUAGAAAACGUACGGUUUUAUUAUCUACCAUUUAUUUAUGCUUUAAAUUUUUACAUGAUUUCAUUGUAAAUAUUGUAAAUAAAUAAAAUCAUAGAUCAACAAA